AUGUCUAACACUGUCAACAUCAAGAGUAUACUAAUCGAUGGCAAACCAGUGGAGCUGCCCGAGAGAUUUCAGCAAGUUGUGGAAAAUGGACUUUUGCCUGAAAAAGUCGUGGCUACGUUGAUCAAUGCUAUUCUUGAUAGUGGUGCGAUCCUUGUCAAAAAAACUAAAUCCGAACACAAGCACAAGCUCAGCGAAACAGAAAUUAAAAAAAUAUUUUGGGAAAACCGUCUAAUCCUCAAAUCCAAACUUAGUAUCGAUUGGGGCAAGCUGCCGUCGUUUUCAAUUACAAUGUUUGCUCAAAACCCAGUAACUUAUGACAAUAGCAACUCCGUUGUAACAAUCAAAUUGGGUCCUAGAGACUAUCUACAGAGAUAUGAUUCUAAACAUGUUAGAUUUACUGUAAAAGCUGGUUCAAAUGACAAAGCAGCUCUUGGUAUACCAUUUAUGACCCGACUUGGAUUGACAUUUGAUCGACAAAAUAAACGCAUUGGGUUUGGUGCUGUAUGUGGAUGCGAAACUAUGACUGAUGGAUAUCCUACUAUUUCAAACGGUGAUCAAGUGCUCUGGUCAUUACCACGAUUGCCUGAACGACCAAGUACUUCAGGUUCAGAUGGCACAUUUAUUCGCAAAAGGAAACCAACAACUACAACUGAUCAAGUAGUCGUGCCUGAAAAAACUCACCACGCUGUCAACAGUCGCAAACAGACUCUCAAUAAACUCGAUUGA